UUUAUUUACCUUUGUAGAACGACAAUUAAAAUAUGUUGAUGUUUUAUAUUUUUUUGCUAUUUAAUCAUUUUGUGUCCAUAUAUACAAAUACUUUUCUAAAUUAUUCUUUAACACGAAACAAAAGAAAUAUAAACUAUUCUAUAGUUGAUCGCAGUGAAUGCAGUGAAAUAAAAUCUAUUUGCAACAAUUUAAGUGAAAAUGAUGAUCUUUUAAUAUUAGAAUGUUUACUAUCAACAAAUUCUAAGAUACUGAACCAUUUAAAUAAGAGCUGUCAACAUGUUGUAUGGGAACAUACAAAAAAUUUAAUUCAAGACGAGAGUGUUAAAAGUAAAUUGUUGCCCUCAUGCUCAAACGACUUGAAUCAAUUAAACUGUGGAGUAGAUGAUAGUGGUAACUACCUAAAGUGUAUUUUAAACAAUAUUAAUAACAUACAUACCACAAAUUGUAUUGAUAUGCUAAUCCGAUUAGAAAAUGUAGCAUUUACAGAUUAUAUGUGGAUUUCUAGCUUUUUACAACAUUGUACAAAAGACAUAAAUAAUUUAAAAUGUGGUAGAGUUGAUUCACAAAGCUUUACACAAAUAAAUACCGUUAAUUGUUUGCAAAAUAAUAUUUUAAAUAUACAGGAUGACUGCAAAAGAGAAGUUUUUCAUUUGUCUGAACUUCAGUCUGAAAAUAUAAAACUUGAUGCACAGUUGUAUUCAGAUUGUUCUGAUGAUUACAUGAGGUAUUGUUCAAAUUAUGGUGCAGGAAAUGGUAGAGUUUUUUCUUGUUUAAUGCAGCACAUGCACAAAGAUCAAAGUAAGUUAAGAGAUAAAUGUCAACAGCAUUUAUUAAGAAGGCAAAAGUUAAUAGUUCAAGAUUAUCGUAUAAGUAAAGGUUUAUUACGAGCUUGUAAAGAUGAUAUUAGAAAAACACAUUGUAGAAAACAGAUUUCUAGUGACAAAACAGUUCGCUUGGCUCAAAUUUUACUGUGUCUUGAAAACAUGAUGAAAAAUGGCACCACACUUGAUUCAGAAUGUAAAGAAGAGAUGAUUGAUCACAGAAAAAUGCUGAUGGAGGAUUAUAGGUUAUCACCAGAGAUUGUAAAUAAUUGUAAAAAUGAAAUAUCUAUUUAUUGUAAAGGUUUUGAAACUGGUGGGAAAACUAUACAUUGCUUAAUGGAUCAUGCUUUAUUAAAAGCUGGAAAUAGUAAUACCAAAAUUAAUGAUCAAUGUAUGAGAGCUCUUGAAGAUUUAGUGAAGGAAACUGAUGUAGGUGAAAAUUGGAGUGUUGAUCCAAUUUUACAACAAGCAUGCUAUCCAGUUGUAAAAGUUGCCUGUAAAGAUUUAUUAGGGGGAGAUGCUAAAGUCAUGUCUUGUUUAAUGGAUAAAUUAGGAACCGAUUACAUGAAUGAGGAAUGUGAAAAUGCCUUGAUUCAGAUACAGUAUUUUGUAGCGAGAGAUUUUAAACUGGAUCCUCAACUAUAUAGAGGUUGUAAAAGAGAUGCCAUUAGAUAUUGUCACGUUAGACCAGAUAAUGUUACAGAAGAAGGACCUGCUUAUGGUCCAGAAGUGUUACCUUGUUUGUAUAGGUAGCUA